GUACAUGUUUGCAUCUUCGCUUACUGUUCUUCGAUUCGUUUUUGUAUCGCUCUCCAUGUUCCAAGAUGGAUGCCAAAAAUGAGGCCAACGCAGUCGAAAGAGUCUCCGACUCACACAACCGCAAAUCGCACGAUCUCAACUCUCAUGUUGUCCCUCUCCAGCAAGAAGUGAACGAAGAUGCUAUUCAUAUCGACCUGACUUGGAGAUCGUGGCUCGUGGUUUUCAUUACUUGCUUUGCUAUCAUGUCCCAAGUCUUCGUUGUCGUAGCUGCAGGAAGUGUCAUAUCGUUCAUCAUCCGCGAUCUAGGCGAGCCAGCUAUAGCUGGUUGGAUCAUUCAGGGCCCUUUGCUCAUGCAAUCCGUUCUUUCUCCGCUCGUAGGCCGAUUAUCUGAUGUUUUGGAUCGCAAGCUGUUCGCUUCAUUGCCGCCAUUGAUUGCUUUUGCUGGAAGCAUCAUCUGUGCCAAAGCCACUUCCAUGAACAUGGUGAUCGGAGGUGGAAUAUUAAUCGGUAUCACCCUCGCAACCAUCUCCAUCGUCCAGUCGAUUCCUUCCGAAAUUCUGCCCAUGAAGUAUCGGCCAUUAGCCAACGGUUUUGCCUACCUGGGGGGUGCCGUGGGCGGAUUAGUGGGUGGUUUGGCAGCAGGUGCUGUGACCAAUAUCAAUCCUGCAGGCUGGCGAAACAUCUUCUGGAUCCAGGCAGCCCUUCAUGGCUUGACUUCCAUUGGCAUAAUGGCUUUCUACUGGCCUAAGAAACGCACCGACUACCCUAGGAUGAAGCUCAAGGAAUGGGUGUGGGCCUGCGACCCUAUCGGCAGUUUUCUGCUUAUUGCAAGUGCUACCUUGAUGCUACUGGCCCUGAACUGGGCUGGAGGAGCAUAUCCCUGGAGCGAUCCCCACGUGUGUGCCAAUUUAGCUGUGGGAGGAGUGCUUUUCAUUGUCUUCUGUGUAUAUGAAUGGAAGGGCAGAUCUGAUGGCAUUGUCGCACAUGUGUUUUUCAGCAACGGACCCAACUUUUGGCUCGCGACAUUCGCGUUCGCGGUAGAAGGUUGGAUCUUCUACUCCGCCGUCAACUCCGUCACUCCUCAGAUCAUCCUCAACCUUGGAUUUGAGGACAACAGUUGGGAUAUCGCAGUCCGCCAGCUCUCUUACAAGAUUCCCUCUCUUCUCUUCUCCCUACCAGUCACAUGGUACGCGACACGUUUCAAAGACAUGAAAACCCCGCUCGUCUUCACCUACGGUGUCUUCCUAAUCGCUACCAUCUGUUAUGCGUGCAUCCGACCUGACUGGUCAACCCCUCAAAUCAUCUUCACGGUACUCACUGGUAUCGGCUGCUCAGGACCUCUCACGCUUCUAGUGGCCUGCGUGCAGUUCACAGCACCGCACGCCUUCCUAUCCACUGCGACUGGCCUUGCCUUCUCCGCUCGCGCCAUCGGCGGUGCUUUUGGAUCAGCCGUCAUCAACGCUGUCAUCAAUAGCCGUCUCAAUUCGCAUUACGCUUCCGAUGUUGGCUCUGCGGCGAUCUCCGCUGGGCUCCCAGCAUCUUCUGUCCCUGCACUGCUCAAAGCUAUGGCGGCAGGUACGCAGACAACGGUCACUGGACGUGGGGUCCAAGGUGCAACUGCAGAAGUUAUGAGUGCGGCAUGGCAGGCGAGUUAUUGGUCGUAUGCUAGAGCUUACAGGCUUGGAUGGUGGAGCGUUGUACCUUUUGUCGCUCUGGCUACGGUUAGUGUGGCGGCGAUGAGAGGCGUCAAGGAAUUGAUGACUGAGAAGGUCGAGGCUACAGUAGAGAGGAACACUCCCGAUGAAGCGGGCGAGAAGGCGAUGUGA